GCGAUGACCCUGACGACCUAUCAACAUGGUAGUUGGCACUAAGCACAAGCACAACCUAGCUGCACCUUCACCACCAGUCUCACCACAGCCAACUACUAUCAUCUCCUUUUCUCCGCCUUCAAGCCAUCACUGAACCCGCUGCCACUACCAUCACCUAUUCUCCUCUCAGCUUUCCCAGCCACACUGCGUGCUAGAAACUGAUAGCACUCCCAUUAUUCUCAGUAGUUUCGCCGUUCGUUCAGAAGGUGGACAUGGCGAUGCGUGCUUCGCGCCGAGUUUUCGGUUCCCGUGGCCUCGGCUUUUACCAAAGCAUUUCUUCAUCUUCUUCUGGGGGUAGAGCUAUUUUGGAUCCUCCUCCUGUUGUUUCUUCCAGAAGAGUAGUUGUUACUGGUUUAGGCAUGGUGACUCCUCUUGGAUGUGGAGUUGAUAAAACAUGGAGGCACCUAAUUGAUGGUAAAUGUGGAGUAAGGUCAUUGGGUUUGGAAGAUCUUCAGAUGAGUAGUUUUGAUAAAGAAACUCAGUUGAGUACAUUUGAUCAGUUGACAUCCAAAGUUGCUGCAGUUGUUCCAACUGGAACUAAUCUAGGUGAAUUCAAUGAGGAAAUAUGGCUUAACUCUAAGGACCAUCGAUCAAUAGCCAGGUUUAUAGCAUAUGCACUAUGCGCUGCCGACGAAGCUCUUAAAGAUUCUAACUGGUUUCCCACUGAGCAGGAGCACAGGGAAAGAACGGGAGUGUCUAUUGGUGGUGGAAUUGGAAGCAUUAGUGACGUCUUGGAUUCUGCCCAACUGCUCUGUGAGAAGCGUCUUCGUCGCCUUAGUCCAUUUUUUAUACCACGGAUAUUGGUCAACAUGGCAUCAGGUCACGUGAGCAUGAAAUAUGGCUUCCAGGGUCCAAAUCAUGCGGCAGUUACUGCAUGUGCUACUGGGGCACAUUCAAUUGGUGAUGCAGUGAGGAUGAUACAAUUCGGGGAUGCAGAUGUCAUGGUGGCUGGAGGCACAGAGUCCAGCAUUGAUGCAUUAUCAAUUGCAGGAUUCUGCAGGUCUAGAGCUUUGACUACAAAAUAUAAUUCAAGCCCACAGGAAGCAUCAAGGCCCUUUGAUAGUGGUCGGGAUGGGUUUGUGAUAGGUGAGGGUUGCGGAGUCUUGGUCUUGGAGGAAUUCAAUCAUGCAAAGAAUCGGGGAGCAAAAGUCUAUGCAGAGGUUCGUGGCUAUGGGAUGUCAGGUGAUGCACAUCAUAUCACUCAACCUCCGAAUGAUGGGAGAGGUGCUAUUUUAGCCAUGACUCAUGCUUUAAGACAGUCUGGCCUUCAUCCUUCUGAAGUGGAUUACAUAAAUGCGCAUGCUACAUCUACUCCAUUGGGUGAUGUGAUAGAAGCUAACGCUAUCAAAACCAUAUUCUCUGGCCAUGCAAAUUCAUCUGCUUUGGCCUUCUCCUCUACGAAGGGGGCUAUAGGUCAUCUUCUAGGUGCUGCUGGAGCCGUUGAAGCAAUUUUUUCUGUUUUGGCUAUACGACAUGGAAUUGCUCCAUUAACUCUUAAUUUAACCAAGCCAGAUCCUGUAUUCGCCGAUGGUUUCAUGCCAUUGACUGCUUCAAAAGAGAUGCCAAUUAGAGUUGCUAUGUCAAACUCUUUUGGAUUUGGAGGAACAAAUGCAUCCCUACUUUUUGCUUCUGUUGGAUCAGACCGAUAACUUACUACAUCUCGUUCCUUUGGAACUUAUCCUACAGGUGCUGAUUGAAUCCUCUUCACAUUCUAGAUGCUGAUGAGAGUUAGAUGGUCUAAAUUCUUGGUUGCAUACAUGCCCGAAGUUUUUCGUGCUGCCAUAUGCAUGUGAAUGCUGCUAUCGCUUUUGCGAGUCAAAGUUUUAAUCAGGUUUGAUGAAUUGUUUGGAGCAAACCAUUGUUUGAGAGUCAGCCCUUCAUGAAAAUGGUUUUUUUUCUAGAGUUCCAAAAGUUAAAAAGGGUAUUUUCAUAAUAUUAUAGGUCUAUAGAACUAAUUUUUUAGCAGUUUCUUCAUAACAUUAAGGAAGCCAAACUGGUCAUCAUAUUGGAUGAUGGUCAUGAGUUGAGUUGGACAAAAUUUUUGUUAGGAUUAAUGCUGUUUUAUUCUGAAUAAUUGAAGUGGAAAAUGUUUUGGUUAAUCAAAUUUUGAAAAUUAAGUUCUAGUUAUAAGGGAUUCAC